AAUUGACAAAAUACAAAGUCCAGCGAAUCUACAUCCUAGUGAAUUAUGGAUAUCAAUUAGUAAGAGCUCCGUCGGAUAGAAAUAUAUAUGUAGUGCUCAGGUUUGACAAGCAGAGAUGUCAUCAUACUGUGAAUUUGAUGAAACUUCUUUCGAUUUCGAGAACUACACCUCGGAAGACAGUGGUUUCGAGAAAAGUUUGGAAUCCAACGGUGAUCUCUCGUUUAGUUUUGCUUCACGGAAACUAGAUUUCGAACCAGUGAUCCCGGCGCAAACAUUUUCUUGUGAAACGAGUGCUCCGAGAAAGCGUGGUAGGAAAUCACUCAAGGAUAAGGCUCUAGAACAACUGGCGACGGAAUUCUGUCCGAGCUUGGGCGUACAAACUUCAACACCAACCAAACCAGCUGCCGCAAAUGGCGAACCCAAAGUGAAACGCAAAUACGCCAUGGGGAAAAGUCGGAUCACAAGAAAUCGGAGCCCCACUCAGGUGAUAAAGAUCAAACGUGUCCGUCGCAUAAAAGCAAAUGAUCGUGAAAGGAAUCGAAUGCAUACUUUGAACGAGGCUCUGGAAAGAUUGAGGCUCACUCUUCCGACCUUUCCCGAGGAUACAAAACUAACCAAAAUAGAAACAUUAAGGUUCGCAUACAACUAUAUAUUUUCACUAGUUCAUGUACUAGAACUGGACGAGGUUGUUCCUCUGGAUCUGGAAAAACUGCAAAGUCUGACAUUAAGUGGUGAGCGGAUUAACAAACAACUAUUCGACGCUAUGUUCAUCAACCCUUCGCCACACUUUAUGGAUCCCGGAUUCGGUUGCAGUGAAUUCUACAGCAGCAUGCAUCAAUAUGGAAUCUCAAUGGCUGACACUCAGGACUACGAACAUCCUAGUUUCUCCAGACAACACUACCAAAUGUUCCGAGGGGCCUUUGAAGCAGCCUACAGUGAUUCUGCUUACAAAACUCAACAUCUAAACCAAACAUAUCCUCCCACUGGCUAUCCGACUAGUUCGCAGCAAAGCUACCCAACGGGAAUGUACGGAGUAGACUUCCAAAACGGCGGACCACUCAACACAUCCCUUCCAGCGGAUUUGAACAGUUCCUCUUAUCCGACGGCAUCGGGCUCGAGUUGCAGCGCUGUUAAAUCUAUGCCGUUCCAAGCAUCCCAGCAGCACGGAAUGCAUUACGGAAGUAGUUUCUACAGUCAAACUCCUCCCUGGUCCGAGUCAUCCGGUUAUGGGGAAACACUCGGACCUCCAGGAGAUAUUGGCAAGAAGGCUUGUGAGGCAUAUCCGGUUCUGUUGUAGUUUUUUACUGUUGAGGUUCCUGUUCUGUUAAGUAGGUUCACGCAUUGAGGCUAGGAUAAUGAGCAUGUGCAUAAUGGAAAUUCUGGUGAUAAUUUUCUAGUAGGUGAAUUAGUGAAAUUAAAAUGAGACAUUAGAAUAACGAAUAUCAAGUAUUUGUGAAUGGUUUUCAUUUAAGACAGUUAAUUUCAACAAUGUAUAUAAAAAAAUCGUAUGAAGCUGAACUCAUGACCAUGAACGAAUCCGUCCAUGCUGAUUAGUUCAGCAUAGCUCGAUAAUUUUUGAAUCAAUCCUCAGCACGGAUUAGUUCAAAAAUUUUCACAAAUGUUGUAUUUCCAAAAGAACUGAUUGAAACUACUAGUCAUACAAGACAAAAUUUCAACUGUAAAUAAAGUGAUUUCCAAAUUGAUUCUUGCUACUGCAAGUGUCAAUUCGAAAAUCACAUCAUUGUGAAAGUCUGUUUGCGAUCUACGGAUCCGAAUAAAUUUUCGCAAAACUGUCAUGAUGCCUUUUCAAACAUGUUAGAUUACAA